GCGCCUCCAGAGCCCCGUUGCGCGGACAGCGAGGAGCUGAGAGACGGGAAGGAAGCGAGCGAGGCGCCGCUAAUGCAGUCUCUGUUGAUUUAUUUCUGUAUUUAUUUUCCGUUUAUUAAUGCAUAGCGUCUGUGUGUUUUAUUCAUUUCCGCUCGGUUAGCUGAGAUAUAUAAUUCACUUUACCGCGACCUGGGUGUGAAGUGGAGUCUCCGGCCUGUGGAAGUGCAUCACGCUGCGAGGAAACAUGAACAAGUUUGACCAUUUGAAGGAUGAUGACAGCGGUGAUCACGAUGACGUUGCCUCUCAGAGUGAGAUGGAUCAGUGUGACUCUGAGAACGCUCACAACAGCAUCAGAAGAAAGCCAACCUCCCCUGGGGCGGGGGAGCACCCCUUACAGUACAACUAUACCUUCUGGUACUCCCGUCGAACCCCCAGCCGGCCUGCGAACACACAGAGCUACGAGCAGAACAUCAAACACAUUGGCAGCGUGGCCUCGGUCGAGCAGUUCUGGAAGUUCUACAGCCACCUGGUGAGACCGGGGGACCUGACUGGACACAGUGACUUCCACAUCUUCAAGGAAGGGAUCAAACCCAUGUGGGAGGACGAGGCGAAUAAGAACGGAGGGAAGUGGAUCAUCCGGCUGCGAAAGGGCCUGGCCUCGCGCUUCUGGGAGAAUAUCAUCCUGGCGAUGCUGGGGGAGCAGUUCAUGGUGGGGGAGGAGAUCUGUGGGGUGGUUGUCUCCAUCAGAUUCCAGGAAGAUAUUUUAUCGAUUUGGAACAAGACUGCCAAUGACCAGGUGACCACGUCCCGAAUCAGAGACACCCUCCGCAGGGUUCUGAACCUGCCCCCCAACACCAUCAUGGAGUACAAGACACACAACGACAGCCUCAAGGAUAAUUCAAGUUUCCGGAACACCAAGAUCGCUCUCUGAAAAAAACGUCGAUUGCUACAAAACAUCUCUCUCUCUCUCUCUG